AUGCCAGUGCAAACUAGCCAGGCGUCCUUUCCGGACUCGUUUCCAUCUUUCAUGUCGGUGUUUGGUGGUCCCCUUCCGCGAUACAAAGAAGAAGCAAACACCAUCCACCCUCUUCAAUACCCAACCAAUGUCCCUGUCAAUACACGCCUACUUCCUUCCCCCCACCGCGAAAGUGUUUCGUCCAUGACCUCGACAUCCACCGAGUCCUCCCCGACCACCACCAUUUCGCCCUUUGAUUCGCCCGGCGGGGGUGACAUCUCUCCGAGCUCGUCCCCGGAAUCUCCCUCUGCCAUGUCUGUAUCAUACCCAAAGUUCAUACCUUCCACACGGCCCGUGGAGCUUCCUCCGCGCCUUGCGCCUGUCGGUGAACCACGUCUGUCGCAGCCGACCCCUCAUAAUCCGCGCCCAGACUCCCCAAAUCGGCGAGCGCGUAAUCUCAAGAACUUGUCAUUGCGAAUGCCACCCCCAUCUCAAUCUCGCCCACCUAUCGCUACUGCAUCGGUGCUGGAGACAACGUCAAAACACCACUUUGAUGCCCCGCCAUCUCCCAUCGCGAUCCCUUCCAAGAGCAAGAGCACGAGGCGACGCGCCGCCAAUCUCACAAUCCAGACUCCCACAUUCAAUAAACCGUUAUCUAUCGCCACUGAUGCCGUGCCCCCAACUCCAUCCCUGCGUCACGCAGAAUCCUCACCUUCACUUGCAUCGAUUGCAUCGCCCUCGUUCGCCCCACGGGGAGGUAUGCAGCUUCCCCGGCUAAUGUCACAUGGUACGCGCCGUUUUUCUAGCGCGUCUUCUGAUGAUGCUACGUCCCCUGUCACCUUGAAGCCGGUUGAUGGAUCUGGCUUCUCUCGCCGUGUUCUCGAUGGCCUAGAAGAAGAGGAUGACCACCUCGACUCGCGCGAGUCGACCCGCAAGAAGGAUCGUGGCUACCCGGAUGGGCCUAUCCGGAUCCACGACUCUGGCGUCUACCUGUAUCUAGAACCAACAGCAGAAGAAGCGUCCAAAUUUGACGUGGUGAUCAACGUCGCCAAAGAAGUGGUGAACCCGUUCAGUGCUAGCAAGGACGAGCGGAAUGAUACAGUUAUGAGCACAUGGCGGAACGCCUCCAUGGCCUCGAAACGCUUCUCCCGCGGCGAGCCCCAGACCGCGAUUUCAGAAAUCUCCUUUAAGUCUGCCUGGGAAUUCCAACCCUCGGACUCCGAGUCGCCAACUCCUACUAUCUCAACUCCUACAACUUCACUACCGGAGUACCUGCAUGUCGGCUGGGACCACAACUCUGAAAUUCUCGAAGACCUGCUCCCGCUUUGUGAGCUGAUUGACGACCGGAUCGCUGAAGGAAAGAAAGUCCUCGUGCAUUGCCAGCUGGGCGCCAGCCGCUCAGCAUCGCUGGUGAUUGCCUACGGAUUGUACAAAAACCGACAUCUAGAUUUCAACUCGAUGUACGAAGCAGUUAAGGGACGCAGCCAGUGGGUUGGCCCGAACAUGAGUCUCAUCUACCAGCUCACAGACUUCCGCUCUAAAUUGCUGCGGGGAUCUACCUCUAAGCCCCCACCUCAGGAGUGGUUCGUCCAAACCGGCCGACGAAGCUCAGAGCCUCAAGUUGCACGAGCUGAGCGACCAGCGUCCAACGAAUCUAGCCGACCAUUCCGCGGACUGACACAGGCACCUUCAACUAGCUGCCUCUCAAUCCCAGAAACGAAAUCGAUGCGUCCCACUACGAGCGACGACGGUAGCUACACAAAAUUCAAGUCCUACUCGCCCAAGCGGAGUCUGUCCCCCCGACCCCUCCCAUUCCGACAGAAGUUUCAGUCCGUUGGACCUGCCUCGGGCCGGCUACGAGGGUUGCCGCGUAGCGUCAGCAGCUGUGACCCGCUCGUUCAGACCCAUGUUUUUAUGCGUGAUGCGCCAGACUCCAAUGGUGGUUUAUUUUCACCGAGGACAAACGAAUUCCUCUCGCCAGCUCCUUUGGCACCACGAUCAUUCUACCGGAUCGAUCGCUCCGCAGGCCUGUCUUCAUCUCCCAUCCCCCGCGCCAUGGGGUUUGCCACCGAACCGGCAGACCCCCGCUCGCCUCCAUCCGGCGGCGAGCCCCUGAUCAUGAGAUCCAUUGAUGAAUUCUUGUGA